UAUAUUAUACGAAGAAUUUAUUGAUAUCACGUAUUUGGCAGAAGGUGGAUUUGGCAAAGUAUUUAAGGCCAUUUGGAAGUUAAAUUCCAAAGAGGCCAAAGACGUGGUCCUGAAAUAUAUACCUGAUUCAAAAAGGUUCACCAUAAAAGAUGUAUGUAUCUUUAAGGCAUAUUAUACUUUGAUAGUAUUUCAUGAUAUGAUAGAUAAUGCCGUAGUUGAUGAUAUAAAUUAA